AUGCCAGGUCAACCACCCAAAUACCUCCAGCUUUACAUCUUUGACACUAAAAAUGAAGUCAGGAACCGCAUAAACGCAAUAACCCAAAAUGCAACAGAUGGAAAACUAGAUGAGGCAACAGUAACCCAUCUAAUUCAGAUGAUCGAUGCACACAAUUGUCUUGCCAAGAUUUUUCGGAGAGCACGUGAUAUCUUCGAGUCUAACAGCGGAGAAGAAUUCACAAUCCGAUUAAUCUCACAGAAAGGAAAAGGAAAGCAAUAUGACACACCCGAAACCAAUGAGGUCUCCGGUCUAAUUGUUGGUGACAUGUCUACUACCAUUGGGGAAAGAGAUGUCAUCCUGCAGUUGCAAUCAGGUCAUCUACAAGAAAUCAGAGAUGAUCACCCACUGUAUAUGAGCUUGCAAUACCCGCUACUAUUCCCUUAUGGUGAGUAUGGAUUCCACACAGAAAUACCUAUGAAAUUGGAUGACGCAAACCCAAGAAAAAGAGAGUUCUUAAGCAUUCGUCAGUUUUACGCUUAUCAAAUCCAGACACGUUUGAAAGAAGGAAUGAAAAUAGUAAAGGGAGGUCGCCUUCUUCAUCAAUACGUGGUAGAUGCAUAUACUGCUAUUGAACAAGAAAGACUUCGCUGGGCCAGAAACAAUCAAACCCAACUCAGAGCUGAUCUUUACAAUAAUGUAUGUGAUGCUGUAGAAAAAGGUGACACAGAUGCCAAAAAAAUAGGAAAACGAUUUAUCUUGCCACCAAGUUUUACUGGGGGACCUUGCUAUCUGGUUGAAAAAUAUCAUGACGCAAUGGCAAUCUGUAGACAAUAUGGAAAUCCAGAUUUGUUUAUCACAAUGACAGCUAAUCCAAAUUGGAAAGAGAUAAAAGACCAUCUAGCAGCAUAUGGUGGUGCAUCUCCCAAUGAUAGACCUGAUAUUCAGUGUCGCGUCUUCAAAAUGAAGUUAGACGAGCUGUUGGAAGAUUUAAAGAAAGGAACUUUCUUCAAACCAUACACUGCUGUUAUCCACAGAAUCAAGUUUCAAAAGAGAGGUCUACCACAUGCACAUUUGCUACUAUGGUUUGGAAAGACAACUAAAACUCCAAAACCUGAAGAUGUAGAUGCAAUCAUUUCAGCAGAACUGCCCAAUAAAGAAAAAGAUCCAGAAGGGUAUGAACAGGUAGCAAAACACAUGAUGCAUGGUCCGUGUGGAUUAGACAGACCUCGAUCCCCGUGCAUGGAGAAACAGGUUUGUACAAAAAAAUAUCCACGCCCUUUUACAGAUCAGACAACGAUCGAUAAAUCCGGAUACAUAAUUUAUCGUCGACGCCAGCUAGACAAAGAUUAUGUCAUUAAAGAGAGCACAAGGUUGGAUAAUAGAUAUGUUAUCCCGCAUAACAUGGCUAUUCUGAAAAAGUAUAAGGCGCACAUUAAUGUUGAGUGGUGCAACAGAACAACUGCAAUAAAGUACCUAUUCAAAUACAUUACUAAAGGAGUUGAUAAGGCCACCGUAGUUAUUGAGAAGGGAAAUGAUUCCGGUUCAAGCGUCGAGGGAAAAGGUAAAACCAAGAAGCCGAGAAAUGAGAUACAAGAGUACCUAGAUUGUCGGUACUUAUCAGCACACGAAGCAAUGUGGAGGACUUUUGCUUACCACAUUCACAAACGAAAGCCUUCCGUACAAAAACUAAUCAUCCAUUUGCCUGGACAGCAAAAUGUCACCUACAAAGACACAGACAAUCUGGAUCGUGUUUUGGGGAGACCAGGGAUUGACAAAACUAUGCUGACAGAGUAUUUCGAGCUAAACAAAAGAUCAGAAGAGGCUUGGAAAUGGACAUACGUUCAAAUACCAGAACAUUUUGUAUGGGAUCAAUCUUUGAAGAUAUGGACGGACCGUGAAAGAAGGGAAGCCAUCGGCAGAUUAGUUACAAUACAUCCAAACUCAGGGGAUCUAUACUAUUUAAGGAUAAUACUUACUGAGGUAAGGGGAGUAACCAGUUUUGAAGAACUGCGAACAGUUGACAACAUCUUGCAUCUAGACUACAAAGCAGCAUGCUACACAAAGGGUUUACUGGACAGUGACAAAGAAUGGCAUGCAGCAAUGGUAGAAACAAAUACAUGGGCAACACCGUUUCAAUUACGACAAAUGUUUGUAACACUGCUUAUAUACUGUGAGGUUAGUAAUCCUAAAGAGCUCUGGAAACAUUGUUGGAAAUCAUUAAGCGAAGAUAUCACAUACAGGAAACAAGCAGUUUUCACACAUAAGAACUUAAGCUUAGGAGAUGUUGAGCUAGAACAAUACACGUUGCUGGAGGUGGAAAAGAUUUUGCAUCAACAUGAACGCACAUUACAAGAGUUUAAAGGCAUGCCACAGCCAGAUCCAAUGCUUUUGAAAGAGAUAGGGAAUACACUAUGGAAAGAAGAAAUGAAAUACAGUACCGCUGAGCAGAAAGAGGAGCAUGAAGCCCUUUUUAAACAGCUAAACCCCGAGCAGAGAACAAUAUAUAAGCAGUGA